AUGUCGCCGCCGUCACCGGAUCUGCCGAGCGAACUUCUGGAGGAGAUCUUCCUUCGCUUCCCACCAGACGAACCCGCGUGGCUUGUGCGUGCUUCCCUCGCCAACAAGUUCUGGCUAGGCCUCCUCUCCGGCCAUGGAUUUCGUGGUCGGUACCAUGAGUUCCAUGGAGAUCCCCCCAUGAUCGGCUUCGUUUAUUUCCCAUCCUCGGACCCCGUCCCCCCCUUGGUAAGCACCACGAAUUUCAGCGCGCGCUAUCCCGAGGACUGGGGGAGCCACAAGUACUCUGUGUGGGAUUGUCGCCAUGGUCGUGUUCUUCUUCAAGAUGAGGAUAUGCCACCCGAUAGAUUCUUUGUUUGGGACCCCAUGACAGGUCGUCGAAAGGAUUUAUAUGCUCUAGCGGAGUGCUUCAGCCUUGGGGCCGCGGUGCUCUGUGCAGUGAAUGGAUGCGAUCACCGAGCAUGUCAUGAGGGCCCCUUCCAGGUGGUAUUCAUCGGUGUGAAUCAGAGUUCUGGUGGGUGUUUUGUAGACGUUUUCUUUCCUGAGACAGUUGAGUGGAGCAAGUCUCCCUCUCAUCUUCAAGUGUGGAGUGAGCCGUGUUCUAGUCUACAUCUUGUGUCUCAUGAUGCAUUCAUCGAGGUGGUGCCCCCUGUCCUUAUCCAAGACACACUAUACUUCAUGCUUGCGUAUGACCAUGAUGAACAUGCAGAAAUUCUCAAGUACGACAUGAUUUCAAACUCUUUAUCCUUACAUGAUGCACCACCGGCUCUUGCUAGAGAUUCUAUCCACAUGACGAUGAAGGAUGGUGGUUUAGGAUUUGCACAUAUAGUCGAUUUGAACCUUUACUUGUGGUCAAGACAAGUGGGUUCCAAUGGAGAUGCAUCGUGGACUCAAUACAGAGUGAUUGAUCUCAAGAAACUUGUUCCUAUUCAAAAUACCGAUAUAAGACUUCAGCUGGUUGGAUCUGUGGAGGGUAGAAAUACUAUAUUUGUGACCAUAGACCUUGGAAUCUAUGAGAUUAGUCUCAAGUCACAACAAUGGAAGAAGAUAUGGAAAAGAGAUAAAUUCUCUAUUUUGUUUCCUUACAUGAGUUUCUACAAUCCACCAGGUAUAUCAAUAUGUCAUGUAUUCUAUGAUUAG